ACCAGCCGUCUUAUUUCGUUGUUAGAAACCGGAGCAAGCUAGGGAUCCACGCAGCAGCAGGCUUUGAGUCAGCGGUGACGCUUAAUUCAAAAGUGUAUGUACCAACAUGCAGCAUAGAGCCGAACUUGACAUUCCUCCUGUGACCGCAAAUGACAUGAAGGUCAGAAAAGAGCACGUCAAACUUAUCUAUGAUACCGUGAUAUCGCAUCGCAAGCAGCUUUACAAGAGGCUACAAGACGAAGUCGAGGAAAUGUUUCCAAUUGACAAGUGCAUCCGCCACUGGGGUGCACGCUUAAUUAUGUCUAAUCAUUUGACGGCCCUCAAGGUAAAAGCGACGGAUGGAGCUGCGUCUGCUCCUUUUAAUGAUCAGCCUGCAGAGUCAAGCAUAAGCAGUGAGAAUGUUCCAGAGACUGCAAGACCAGCUUUUAACCCUUUUCAUUUACAAUCAUUAAAGAAACGUACUUGAUAAAGUGCCUACUACAGUAAUUCAUUUUUUUUUGAAGACGAGCCGAUGCAAACGCAAUCGUAGCAGUAAAUGUCCUUUUACCCACUCGAUAUUCAUUUCAUACCCGCAAUCGCAAAAACCCACCAACAGAAAUAAAAAGGUCCUAGAGAUAGCAAAGCACAUUAAGGUACCC